AUGGCCGAUCAAGUCGACUCAAUGUCAGAUGCGGAGCUACGAACGAAACUUGCAGAGCAUGGGUUUCCUAUUAUGCCUAUUACGGCAUCCACAAGAAAGUUGUUGGUGAAAAAGUUGAAAUUAGUGUUAGACAACAAAAGUAAACCACGAGCUAGCGUCGAUAACAAGGCCGACACAAGGCGGUCACUUGCACGCUAUUCAAGCGGCGAGGAGUCCGAUUUGGAUACAACUGCUAAUGCUAAAGAGAAACGUGGCCGCCGGGCAACGACCGGAGGGGCGAUGCUGCCACCUGCAGCCAACAAGGCACGUCGCCCGCCUCCGAAGAAAGGUUCUCCCGCUAAACGGGAUUCCGACAAAGGUUCCGAAUCAGACGAAGAAAAACCUGUGAGAACACACGAAGAAGUUGAAACUGUGACCACUCGCACUAUCAAGCGCACGUACGCGGCAAACGAUGCGGACGACUACGAGACUGGCUCCGACAGCGAUGUUGACGCCGACAAGAAGACAUCUAGUCCUUUCCGAAGCAAUUCUAGGUCAAGUGACUACAUCUCUAGCACAUUACCAAGUGUUGAUGUCAACAUUAGUCCCCCUAAGACAUCAGUGUUCUCCCGUGCAUCCAUCAUACCAACAAACUAUUCAUCUACAUACUCAUCCGGUAUGACUUCUUCUGAUAAUCUCAAUUCAAUACGAUCACGGUUAGGUUUAACAUCUUCAUUGGCAGAUCGUCCAUCUACUAUUCCAACUUCUAACUACAGCUCCAACUAUUCAACAAGUACUUAUCAGCCAUCUACUUCUACUAUUGAUGAGGUAGAAUCUCCAUAUUUAAGUAACUUCACAAGACGUUUAUCGGCACUUAAGUCGGAUCCACCAAAGCCUGCAUCAUCUUAUCUUGACCGUGAUGCCAACAAUGGAAGUACUGUGUUGCCCCGCAGGUCUUACAUCACUGGUGUAAACCGUUCUGAUAUAGUAGAUUAUAAAUCUGCUACAGACAAGAAAUUUUUGAAGAAUAACCUUGUUUCACUUGCUCUGGUUGUGUUAGUUGCACUUUUUUUUUUUUGCUUAUUUUUCAUGUAUAUAGUUAAGAAAAACGACAUCACAUCAGUGGUGGACGAUCAGAACAGUGUCAUACCAAUCUGUCAGUUGAACAUACCUGGCAAUCGACCAGGUAUAAAUUGUGUGCCUAAAGAACAAGUCAGUUAUGCUAAAGAUCUCCUCAAAGUCAUACACCCUGAAUUAACUAGUCGAAUAGCAUCAUACAAAUGUGGUCAGGCAGGAACACUGCCUUAUCUCACAGAACGGGAAAUAAUUGACAUUGCCAGUGCCAAGGCAGAUACCCAUGAUGUCAGCCAGUGUCGCACUGACCUCAACAACUUGCAAGUUCUUCUCAUAAACAACCCUCGCUGGGGUCUGAAUGUGGUCCAGUUGAAAAACCUUUACACAAAAGAUAUUGAAUACUCUCCAAUUGCUUCUACUGACGUAAUUGUCCAACAAAGGACUAAAGGUACAGUUGCCAUCACACUCUCAGAUCCAUCAACACCUUUGUCAUGCUUAUUUGUCAACACUUUGUACUCUGCUGGGUCCAGUCUUAUUGUAGUUGCCCUUCUAACUUUACUUGGCUUAGGCCUUCAAAGAGCUUACAAAUAUUAUGUGAUGUAUCAGAAGAGAAAGAGUGAAGAGAUCUAUUCUAUGGUUGAACAAAUUAUUGAUGUGAUAUCUCAAGAGACUGAGGAUAGUGGAGAACCAUACAUAUCUGUGGACCAUGUUAGGGAUACUCUCAUCUCACCUCAAAACAGGGAGAAAAUGGCUUCUGUUUGGGAUGCUGCUGUCAAGUUCAUACAAAGAAAUGAAAGCAGAGUGCGCAUGGAAGUACAAUCCGUGGAUGGAGAGGAUUGCCGCGUCUGGAGGUGGAUUUCUGCCCACAGCAGCCCAAAACGCAGUGCAUCAUGGCAAGGCCAGGCUUUUGAAAUUCAGGAAGGCUCCGUUAACAACUUAGUAGUCUCUCCAACUCCCUGCCUCAAAAUACGACACAUGUUCGACAAAAACGACGACAACCCUCUAUUGAGGGUGAAGAUCCAGGAUGCCAUUUUGGAAAAAUGUGACACGCACUGCAACAUCCUGCACAUCGACAUCGACCGCACGUCGUGCUGCGUCUACGUCAAGUGCGCCUCCCCGGCCGACGCCGGCGUCGUCUACCGCAGUCUGCACGGCUGGUGGUACGAGGGCCGACUCAUCACCGUCAAGUACUUGCGCCUCGAGCGCUACAUGCAGCGCUUCCCCACGUCGCCGUCUACCGGACCCUACCUUACGUUGACCCGGCACUCACGCCGCGGUCUCUGGCCCGACGAGUAG